UCGUGAUAGAACUGAUGAACAGGCAAUCUUGGCUUUGAAGAAAGGUGCUCAGCUUCUGAAAUGUCGAAGAAGAGGAAACCCAAAGUUUUGUCCUUUCAAACUCUCAAUGGAUGAGAAGUACUUGAUUUGGUACUCAGGAGAAGAAGAGAGACAAUUGAGAUUGAGUUCGGUUAUAACGAUUGUUCGAGGACAAAUCACGCCAAACUUUCAGAAACAAGCGCAAUCGGAUCGAAAGGAACAGUCUUUUUCACUCAUUUAUGCAAAUGGAGAACAUACUCUUGAUCUUAUAUGCAAGGAUAAAACACAAGCAGACUCAUGGUUUAAAGGUCUUAGAGCUGUGAUAACAAAGCACCAUAACAUUAGGAACUCUGCGAAUCUUCGGACUAGUAGAGGAGCUCAAAGUUGCAUCAAUAGUCCUGCGGGUUUUAUGCGCAGGAAACAGAAUCUUGGACUUCUUGAAGAGACUCCUGACUUCACUCAGAUACGAAGUUUAUGUGGAAGUCCAUCGACGUUACUUGAAGAGCGGUGUUUGUCGAACGGGUUGUCAUGUUCUUCAGACAGUUUUGCUGAAUCUGAUGCUUUGGGUCCAGUUUCUUCUUACUAUGAAACAGAUUAUGAUUUCAGGAACUCGGAUUGUGACCGUACAGGUUCAGAACUUUGCAGGUUUUCAUCACAAAGAUUUGCUGCUUCUCCUCCUCCUUCUAUCAUUACUCAGCCGAUUACAAGAUCCAAUGUCCUCAAGGAUAUAAUGAUAUGGGGAGCUAUAACGGGUCUUAUCGAUGGAUCAAAGAAUCAGAACGAUGCGUUAUCUCCUAAGCUUUUAGAAUCUGCCACAAUGUUUGAUGUACAGAGUAUAUCUUUAGGUGCAAAACACGCCGCGCUGGUUACUAGACAAGGUGAAGUGUUUUGUUGGGGAAAUGGAAACAGUGGUAAGCUUGGACUUAAAGUUAACAUCGACAUCGACCAUCCGAAACGCGUUGAAUCACUGGAGGAUGUUGCGGUUCGAUCAGUGGCUUGUAGUGAUCAUCAAACAUGUGCUGUCACGGAAUCCGGAGAGCUGUAUUUAUGGGGAAUCGACGGUGGAACCAUUGAACAAUCAGGAAGCCAAUUCUUGACUCGAAAAAUAUCCGAUGUUCUUGGCGGAUCUCUGAGUGUUUUUAGUGUUGCUUGUGGCGCGUGGCAUACGGCAAUUGUGACUAGUUCUGGUCAGCUUUUCACAUAUGGUAGUGGAACGUUUGGAGUUCUUGGACAUGGGAGCCUUGAGAGUGUUACAAAGCCGAAAGAAGUGGAGUCUUUGAGACGAAUGAAGGUAAUAUCCGUCUCUUGUGGACCGUGGCACACAGCUGCUAUAGUGGAAACCGCGAUCGACCGGAAAUUUUACAAUGCCAAGAGUUGCGGAAAGCUGUUUACUUGGGGAGAUGGCGAUAAAGGACGGUUAGGACAUGCGGAUAGCAAGAGAAAGCUCGUGCCAACAUGUGUUACCGAGCUCAUUGAUCAUGAUUUCAUAAAAGUCUCUUGUGGAUGGACUUUAACUGUUGCACUCAGCGUUUCAGGAACGGUUUAUACAAUGGGAAGCUCGAUCCACGGGCAGUUGGGAUGUCCGCGGGCAAAGGAUAAGUCGAUAAAUGUUGUGUUAGGCAAUCUAACACGACAAUUUGUCAAGGAUAUUGCUUCGGGUUCACAUCACGUAGCCGUGCUAACUUCAUUUGGAAAUGUUUAUACUUGGGGAAAAGGCACGAAUGGACAACUCGGAUUAGGCGAUGUUAGAGAUAGAAACUCGCCGGUUCUCGUUGAGCCUUUAGGUGAUAGGUUGGUAGAAAGUAUAGCUUGCGGGUUGAAUUUGACGGCUGCGAUCUGUUUGCACAAAGAGAUCUCUUUGACUGAUCAAACCGCUUGCAGUUCUUGCAAAUCAGCUUUUGGAUUCACUAGGAAAAAGCAUAACUGUUACAACUGUGGUCUCUUGUUCUGCAAUGCAUGUAGCAGCAAGAAAGCGGUAAAUGCUUCGUUAGCGCCAAACAAAAGCAAGCUUUCUCGGGUUUGCGAUUCUUGCUUUGAUCAUCUAUGGAGUAUAACCGAGUUUUCAAGAAAUGUUAAGACAGAGAAUCACACUCCGAGGAUGCAGCUGGCUACAAGAAGGGUAUCUGAGGAUUGGAAGGAAAGCGAAGCAGAGAAUCAGAUUCAGAAUCUUCCACAAGCUAAUCGAUCUUCGGAUGGACAGCCUCGAUGGGGACAAGUCUCUGUUCCUUCUCUGUUUCAUUUCGAUAAAUUUUCGGCAAGUUCUCCUAUUAAUCUAUCAGUCUCGGCGAGGCGACCAUCUUCUACGAAGAUUUCAACCUCGUCUGAGUCGAAUAAGAUCUUAAUCGAAGAAAUUGAAAGACUAAAAGCCGAGAUAAGAAAUCUCCAGAAGCAGUGUGAACUUGGCAAUGAGAAGAUGGAAGAAUGCCAACAAGAACUCGACAAGACAUGGGAAGUAGCUAAAGAAGAAGCCGAGAAGUCGAAAGCUGCUAAAGAGAUAAUAAAAGCCUUGGCAUCAAAGCUUCAAACGAAUAAGGAGAAACCGAGUAAUCCUCUUAAGACCGGCGUUGCGUGCAAUCCUUCUCAAGUCUCACCAAUCUUUGAUGAUUCAAUGUCCAUUCCAUAUCUCACACCAAUCACCACAGCUCGUUCCCACCCCGAAAACAAACAAAUUGUAGAGAAAUGUGUCACGAAAUCCUCGAACCGUGACAGCAACAUUAAGCUAUUAGUAGAUGCAUCGCCUGCCAUCACAAGAACAGGGUAUCUCCAAAACGAAACACAAGACUCAACAGCAGAACAAGUUGAGCAAUACGAGCCCGGUGUAUAUAUAACUUUCACGGCCUUGCCUUGCGGUCAGAAGACGCUUAAACGCGUACGGUUUAGUCGAAAGAGGUUUUCAGAGAAGGAAGCACAAAGAUGGUGGGAAGAGAAACAGGUUUUGGUCUAUAACAAGUAUGAUGCUGAAGCAUGAAACUAACUUUGAGUGUAAUUCUUGAAUGUAUUUUAAUUCAUUUUGAUGCUUGUUAGUGAUUAUAUCUAAUGCAGAAAAUUUUCUUUAUUUAAGAAAAUAUGGAAAAAAAU